ACACGAGCAGGAAAAUAAUGACGGAGUGGUCACAGGUCCUAGGUGUACAUGGCGCGUCCAGAGGCCACGCGGAGACGGAGCGCCUGUCCGCGGAGCAGAUCAAGGAGUACAAGGGGGUCUUCGAGAUGUUGGACGAGGAGGGCAACGGGGAGGUGAAGACGGGGGAGCUGGAGCGCCUCAUGAGCCUGCUGGGCGUCAACCCCAAGAGCGAGCUGGCCUCCAUGGCCAAGGACGUGGACAGAGACAGGUUCUUCAACUGUGAUGGCUUCCUGGCCCUGAUGGGGAUUUACCACGAGAAGGCGCAGAACCAGGAGAGCGAGCUGCGGGUGGCCUUCCGCGUCUUCCACAAGGAGGGCAAGGGCUACAUCGACUGGAACACGCUCAAGUACGUGCUCACGAACGCGGGCGAGCCCCUCAACGAGGUGGAGGCAGAGCAGAUGAUGAAGGAGGCCGACAAGGACGGCGGCACCAUUGACUAUGAGGAGUCCGUGGCCAUGAUGACCGGAGAGUCCUUCAAGCUGGUCCAGUAG